UUUUAACGCAACUGCAGGACUGGCAGUAUCGUUAACCUUUUUUGCCUUUUUUUUUUCAUCUCGUGUAGUUAAAAAAAAAAAAACAAAUCAAAAAAAAUAAUUGACAAAAAAAUAAUAUAGAAAGUGACUUUUUAGUUCGAAAUAUUAUCGGCUUUUGACCUUUUUUGUUUUUGGACAGAACCAGUUACCAAGAUGACGGAUCCGGCCAUAGGAUCCUCAUCCCCCAACUGGGCCUGUCUAAUAUCGGCUGGACGAAUACCCAACUCGAAUGUGGAACCGGAAGAAGACAUACCUACGGAUGAUCUACCAUCGGAAGAGGCACUGGAACGUGAUACACUGGGCGAGGCUAACCUGGGAGCACAAAUGUCACCUUAUGCUCCAGUUUUCUACCCCAUGGGCUCGUACGCGGCGCAACUGUUGGCUCAGGAGCAGGCAGCACAGUUGCAUUCACGUAUCUUGCCGCCCAGACACUUCGAGCCCGGUAUGGAUAGCAUCUACUACAGUACUGGAACGACGGCAGGAUACAGUCCCCGACCCAAUCGUGGAGAGCAACAGCAACAGCAGCAGCAGCAGCAGCAGCAGCAACAGCAGCCGACGCCCCAGCAGGCACCGCAGCAGCAGCAGCAGCAGGCUCAGAGCCAGCACAUGUCCCAUCAGCAGAACCAAUUGCACUUCCCCCAGCCGGCCAAUGAUCCGGAACCGAACUACAACAGCUUCGGUCUGGGGAUGAGUCCCAACACCAGUGGAGGAGGUCGUGCCUCCGGCAACAGAUCAGGCUACAGGCCAGCAGGAGCGAUGGGCCCACGCCCGAAUCGAUCGCCCGGCAAGGAGCUGCGCUGUGCCGUGGAAGCAGCCGCCGGACUGCCAGCCGGAGCCAUUGGCGCGGAGGUUGAGGCCAUGGAGGAGGCGGCCGAGGGGCAGAGGGAGCGCGAGGAGCCGCCGGCCGUUGCCUGGACUCCCUACUCGUAUGGCAGUCCUGCCGUGAUUGUCGGCGACAAGCCGAACGAUCCUCCGACGCCGGAGCCAAGCGCCCCCUCCUCGGUGGAGACUGGUGGUGGUGCCUCCACCUCGGGCCGCAGCACCGAGAAUAUAGCUGGUGGUGCUGCCAACGAUCUGCCCGGAUCUCACGGACAUUCCCACUUGAACUCGCACUCGCACUACGCCAGCAUCACGGCCAACUCCUUUCCGCCCUUCGAGAUGUUCGCCGAGCAGCUCGACCACUGCGGCCUGGCCCGCGAGGAGUUCGUCGGCACUCUGCGCAACCUUCUGAUCCGCGCCAACGACAUGCUGGCCCCCCUGCUCCAGGGACCCUUCCUCCACAUGACCCCCACCCAGAUUGCCGCCUACACCACUGCCAUACUCGAGACGCCGCCACUGCAUCCGAGUCUCUUCCUGCCAGGGAAUGUGCCACGCCCCUGGGCGGGAGUCUCUGGCCUCGAUCUGCCCUCGUGUCAUCCUCAUAGCUUGACUCCACAGGACUUGGCCAGGAUUCAGGCCUUGCCCAAGAUGGCCCACGUGGGCACCCAGACCGAUUUCCGCUGCGUCUGCAUGCUCCUGGCCACCGGAAUGGGCUCAGGAGCCGCCGGUCUGCCCGGCAUGGGAGGAUCGCUGCUGCAGGCUGCCCAGCCGACUGCUGGACCCCAGGUGGCCGGAUGCCACUAUCCCUACGACAUGGCCUUGGGCGCUCAGCGCAUGGCGGCGCCAGGAGGAGGUCCUGGUGGCCCAAUCGGCGCGUCAGCCGCCUUCGCUGCCGCAACACCCACUGCCCAGGGCACCAACGGUCCCCCACACGGCUCGAUCGGAUUUUGGGGCAGACCCAUGCCCAUGGCGAUGCAUCCGCAUCCGCACCAGGUGGCCAACCAGGCGCCGCCCCAGUUCCAUUCGACGCAUCCGCAUGCCGCCUUCCCGCACCCGGGAGCUCAUCCGCAGGUGGCCUUCUCGCAGGUGGCCACCCAUCCGCAUCCACACCAGCUGGGCGGGGCCCUACGCUAUCCGGAUACCGGCGGAGGUCGCUUCGGCUACCGUGUGGGACACUUCAGUCCGGCCACUCCUUGUCGCUACGGAGCCAUCGGCAGCGGACGUCCCGGACAGCCCAGGAGCUUCAACGGCAACGGCAAUGGCAACAUGCCACCGGCAUUCUCGCUGCUCCGCCCCAUGACCGGGGGAGCCCAGGUGACGGAGGUGACGGAGGUGCCGUCGACCAGCCUGGUGAACCAGCAGCGCCUGGACGAGCUAGAGCUGGAGCUGGAGAUGCAGCUGGAACUGGACUUGCAGCACCAGAGCGACGGAGACAACAACAGCACGGAUGUGAGCGGAGCCGGAGCUGGCGGAUCGCCGGGAGCGGCCGGCGGGUUAGCUUUGCGCCGCAAGACCGCCGGCUCGGUGGCCGGAGAGGGCGGAGACUCCGCUGAUGGUGGCGAUGGAGACGGAGACGACGGAGAAGGCGGCGAGAUCGACGACUCGUCCAGUGGCCAGUCCAGUGUACACCGUAGCUAUCGCUCGCGAGUGGCCAACGUCGACCAGGACACCACCGAAACCAGUGGCGGCAGCGGCGAAGAGGAGGACGACGACGAGGACGACGACGAAAACGACGAUGAUGACGAUGACGAUGAUGACGACGACGACGUGGAAGAGGAGGAAUCGGAAUCCGAAUCGGACGACGAUGACGACGACGAGGACGAUGAGGAGGACGAGGAGGAAGAGGACACCGAGCCCAACACCGUGGAUGUAGACUCCGAUGAGUGUGAUGACGAACCACGUCCGAAUCGUGUCGCCAGUGUGCCCUUCGUCCAGGAUGCAGGCUCUCUGGUGAACCAGGAGCCGCCGCCACGUCGCUUCUGCUUCGGACAGGUCCAGUUCCUGGGCUACACUCUGCCGGAGAAUCCCAUCCAGACGGGGCCGAGUCCCCGACUGCCGCAGGCCUUUGGCGCCGCUUAUUUGGAGCAUGGUGCUCCCCAGACGCCCCGAGAGCACUUGCCCUGCGCCCAGGUGGUGCCCCACAUCCUGCCGGGCAGUUUCGUGGGCCUGCCCACCGUCAUCGAGGAGAUCCAGUUGGGCGGACCACUGGCCGGUAUUCCGGGCAUGGCCGCCGUGAAUCUGGGAGUGGUUACCACGGGAGCUCUAUCAUCGUCCGGUGGAUCGGACAACCAGCCCACCAGCUCGUCCACUUCCUCGUCGGAUCCGCCGGCUCUGUUCAGCGGGCCCAGCACCUCGCAACACAUCCAGCGCCCGGGGCCGGACUUCAAUCCCCCCCUCCUGGCCGAUGCCUCCAAUAUCUUCAUCCGAUCCGCGGCCGGGCCGCCGCCACCGCCCCAGAUGUUCCCGCUGAUGCAGGAGCGUCCUCUGGCCCCCAUCCUGUUCGAGGUGGGUGGCAAUCGCAGUGCCACCGGCACCGUUGUCAUCCAGAACGUGAACGGUAACCUGGGCCUGGUCAACGCCGCCCACGUGAACGGUCAUGGUGGCGGGCAUCCCAGUGCCAGUCGCGGGCCACCGCACCUGGGGGUGGCCUUCAAUGCCGGGGCUGCGUUGGGCGCCCAGAGCCUCCUGCCGCCGCACAUGCGGGGCGCAGCCGUCAACAUGAAUCCCCUGAGCGUGAACCUGAACCAUGUCGGGCAUGUGAACCAUCUGAACCACAUGGGCCGUGGCCUGGGAAUGGGCGUGGGCAUGGGCAUGGCCGGGCCGCAUCUGGUGCCCAUGGCGAUGCCGAUGAUCGCUCCCACGCGCCUGCAGCAGCCGGGUCUGCCGCAGAACUCGCCGUCGGCCACUCGAUGCUAUACUCCUGGCCUGAAUCCGAGUCCGGGCCAGAACCUGGGCCAGGUGAUGAAUCACAGCCUGAGCCAGGUCUUCAAUCACAACCUGAACCAAGCCCUCAACCAGAACAUCAGCCAGGUGCUCAAUCACAACCUGAACCAAGCACUCCACCAGACCCUGACUCCGGUCCAGAUGUCCCAGACUCCCAACCCGAAUCUCAUUCCUAGUUUGAAUCUCAGCCAGAAUGUGCCUGGAGGCGUGGAGGUGGCCAAUGCCAAUGCCAAUGCCAAUGGACAGCCGCCACUAGAAGCUCCACUUGGAGAGGGAGUUGGUCCAGCUCCUGUGGCCUCCCCAGCCAGCUUGGUGGUCCAGGCGGCUCAGGCAGCUCAGGUGGCUCAGGCUCCGUCCGAUCCGGCUAAUCCCAAGCCGCCGGGACCUGAUCAGGGCGAUGGCGGAUCCGGCACCCAGAAGCCUACUCAGCCCUCCUACGCUUCGGUGUUGCAGUAGAUUCCAAAUUACGGAUUCCAGAUUCCAGAUUCCAGAUUGCGGAUGGCGGUCUAGCUCUCCAUUCUCGUUCUGAUUUCUGUUCGAGUUUGAACUUUUCACUCUUUUUCGGGCAAUAGCCAUACAAACAAACAAACACACACACACACCCAUACACAGAGACACACUCCUCCCACACCCCACACCCCUUACUCCUUAUCCAAUUUUGUUUUUUUUUUUUUAUUUCCAAAAUACAAUAAAACACCCACACGAGACACACACACACACCAAACCCCAAAUCGGUUGUUUCACGUUUUUCCGGCACUUUAAAGUUGGGAAAUUACAACCCUUUUGUGGGUGGCACAGUGGUUGCCCUCUCGGAAGACCAAGAGCAAGUGGAACUAAGCUGGAAGACACAUCGUGGAAGCACAGUGCCCUUGCCUGGUCAUUCCAUAUUCAUAUAACGAUGUGCGAAUUGCAAAUCGCGGCAUUAACUCUGUCUGCCUUGCAAUUUCCUUAAAUUUUUGAGUGAGGAACUCGAACACAUCGCUGCUGCUGCUUACCCGCGAAGAAAUGUGUUUACGGCGUGGAAUUCUCAAGUGGCCAGUACGAGAGUUCUGGAGAGGAUGAGGAACGGGAACGGGAACAGGAACUGGAAGAGGGCACCCUUUGAACUUUGUGUGCGUUUCUGUGCCCUCGAGCCGAACUAAUCGGGCUAAUCUUUUACGCUGCCUGCAUUCUAAAGCAUGCCAAGGGGGUAGCCCCAUUCCAGGAUGUGUAAAGCGGUAAGAAGGGGUUACACCAUGAAUUAUAUUCGCUUUUUUUUUUUGUUUUUAUUCAUGUGUGAGUUGUGAGCUUUGUAAUUAAAUGCAAGUCGCGGGAAGUUCAACAUUUAAA